UUGAGUAUAUAAUAAUAUACGUUUCAAAGAUUUUUACAUUCUCAAGUUUAACUUGAAACUGUGUUUUUAACGGAGAAUACUAACAACAACUUAAAUAUGAAGACCAUUAUCUUCCUCGCGGCGUUGGCAGUUCUGUCGCUGGCCAGUGGCGCAGCAGUUGAGGAGAAAGUUUCUUCUCGUUACAACCUUAUUCUAGGAUCUACGACCUCUAGGGACAAGCUUCUUCACAGAAACUACUACUCAAAGUCACCCGUUGCUAACGCAGUACAGUCCCAAGACAUCAUCUUCCGUGCCGGUAACUCCAGAGUCCGCAUCUCAGCCAUCAGGGCUCUUGAAGUUGGACACACGCAGUACGCCAACGCCUACGUCCUCUCCGGAGGUCUUGGCAGGAACAACGCCACCAUCAGACUGCAGUCAGCUCGAGGAUACGGCUACUACUACCAGGUCGAAAUCUGGGGCCAUUAAAAGAUAAUAUACAAAGUUUCUACGUUCGGACCACAGCUGAUAUUGAUUUCCCGUUUUGAUAUGUAAAUAAUUUUAAUAAAUUUUGUACUUACUAA